AUGUGUGCAGGCGUGGUCUUCUAUCUCUUGAUUCAUUUCCCGGAGAACACAGUGAGACUGAUGGAAGAGGCGGAGUGUUUCCUCCUCUGUUCUUCCCAGAAACGGUUCACGAAGUAUAGAGUCAUUGGUGAUCUGGCAAGACAAUUUGAAAUGGAAAAUGAAAGGUCACCUCGCUGCACUGUGAAAACUUGGUGGGUGUGGGUGUGGGUGGGUGGAGUGAGCACACGAACGAAAGUGAGAACAGAAGAAGCAGGAAGUAAAACAAGACGAUGGUAUAAACAUAAGCUCUGCACAGGAAAGAAGACAUGGGAAAUAAAGUGGCAUAAGGAACACAGCAACAGAAAGAAAGCUGAAUGCCUCUACUCCCCAGACCCCAGAAAGUUGCUUAGGUUUAAUGUGCGAUAUAUUGGGUUAAGAAACUUGAAUGACGAAAACUCUGACAGGGUCAGACAGGGGAUAAACAAUUCCUCGGAGGAGAGGAGAAGCCUGGCCUGGAGAUGGAUCUUAAAGGAACUGGAAGUAGUUCCGUGGGAAGUGGAGGAGGCUGCUUGGCCGUGGGGGACAGCUGAUGCAGGACAUAUGACAGGUCCACCAUCCAUCGCAGGAAGUAAUGUUUGGAAGAAGCACCAAGCCUGGGCAUCUGGACCAAGAGAAUUCUGGAAGGCAGCAGGCCAUCAUUUUCCAGCCAAACACAAAUACCAUCAGGAUGAGGCUAGAAGAAGAAUGAUUAUGUCAUGUAAUAAGGGCUGACUGUGAUCAAGACAAUUGGAAGAAUGAAUCUCUCUUCCAAGAAAAUUCAAGUUCAAUACAUCUUAGCUGAAUACACUUUAUACAUCUUUUAGUCACAUUAAAAUUUUUUAUUUUUAUUG